GUCCUGCCCUCCUCCCCAGCUCUGCUCUCCCUGGGCAUGGAGCUGGCACUGCCCCUUUCCUGGUCUCUGUGCCUGUGGCUGUCCAGUCUGGCGCAGGGUGGCACCUCUGGACUACGCAGCACAUUAGCGAUUCUGCAGAAUGAAUCUCUGGUGGGGAAUGAAGAAGCAUGUCGAGGAAUCAUCCUACUCUUCAUCAAUGAGACUGCCAACCUGGUGUGUGACAGUCAUUGGAGUCCGGAGUCCCCUCUCGCCCAUGUUGUGUGCAAGGAAUCAGGAUGUGGAGCUCCAAAUUCUACAUGGACCUUGCAGUCUUCUCCAGAGGACACCUAUGGAGCUGUCCAAGGCUUACAAUGUAAAGGAGAUGAGUCUAGUGUGAACGAGUGUGAGAGCAGAGGAGAAGCGAUGCAGGAGUGUGAUCCCCAGAGCAUUGCUGCGGUGUCCUGUCACCAGAACGUCAGUGACCAUACAGUAGCAUGGAGACUGUCCAGGGGCCGCACGUCUUGUGAUGGGCAUGUAGAAGUAUUUACAGGUGACCAAUGGAGUCCUAUAUGUUUCAACACCGUUGAGAAAACUGAGGCUUCUCUGCUGUGUCAGCAGAUGGGCUGUACGCCACAGUCUCCUAUUUUCUCACCACUUACCAAGGUCAAGUUGUCUGUGGAGCCUAUGACCUUACAGUGUCUGGAGAACAACAGCUCACUUUGGGAUUGUGACAACUAUGUGGUGCAGACAUGUUCAUCUGGCCUGACAACUUACCUGCAGUGUAACCGCUCCCGGAUGAAGGAGUCGUGGCUUGUCUGGUUCACCAUAUGUCUCGCUGUCAUAAUGAUCCUGAUUUUCUGCUGGGUUCGGGUAUUCAAGUCCUGGAAGUUUUGUACUCAGUGUCUGCACAAAAACAUGCAUUACAUUUUCUGUAAAAGAUCCCGCCCCAACCAUGAGACUCAUACAAGGAGGAACAAUCAUCACAGGGAACCCCCCAAUCUCAACGUCCAGGAAACCAACAGUCCCCCAUCUUCUCCAGGAGUCCUCCAGGAUCCAAGUGAAGUGAAUGCUUUGCUGGCUCCUCAUGGUUUCCGUCUGAAUAACACCAUCACGCCUCCACCCAGCUACAUGCACGCCCUGCGCGUCCUGUCCCGGCCUCUGGAGAACACACAGACUCCGCCCCCAAGCUACCUCGAAGCACUGAAGGUCCUGUCCCGUCCAAUCCUGGUUCAUGUUAAUGCUACAGAUUGUCCUGACGAGAAGGAGGAUUUGGAUGUUCUUACUCCUAAAGAGAAGGAAGAGGGAUCUUAAUGUCAGCGACAAAAUAGGGAUUUUUAUUCUGUGAUUAACUAUAUUUAUAGAGAUGAACUGGAGCUUUUUAUAAAGAUAUUAGCAGCAAAUACCUCAUUUCUUAUUAUUAUUUGCACCAGUCACCAAAGAUUUUGUUAAGGGCUCAAAUGUAUGUUGUACUAACACCCCCAAAAUCUUUAAAAAUGUAUAGUGUUGUCCGAGACUUUAACCUGAUGUUUGUGCUUAUGAAUACGUAAAAGUGGUAGAAUCAUCGUUUUCAUUCCUGUCACUACCACUAGGUGGAGCAGACUGAGGACAGGUGUAUUGUUGGUUUAGUGGGGGCUGUAUGAAACCUAUCUUCCGUGAGCUCCCCCUGGUGGUGGCUGCUAGAAUUUUAUAUCA